AACGCGAGUGUACAUGUAGUAUAAAGAUCAGUGCGCAUGUGUCAACGCACGCUGCCAACAUAAGUUCUUCCACAGUGACCGAAUCAAUCAUUUCUUUUUGAACCUUUCCUUAUACACACAGGCAUUGUCAUGUUAGAAAAGAAAAGGGAAAGGGUCCUUUCCAAACGGUUGCUAUAAAAUUAGAAGCACACAAUUCCCUAAAUUAGUCAAACCUGUUCAUAAGAAGGGGGAGUCCCAAUACUUUUGGCAAUGUAGUUUAUCAAAUAUAAUAUGUGCUUGGCUGAUACUGAGUUUUUCUAAAGCCAACAGAGAUAAUUAAAUUUAAUAAUAGCAAAUAAGAAUAAUGUUGGGAUUAAAUGUAUACAUGUUUUCCACAACAUUUACUUGAUAUCCAUUGACAAAGCUGUGAAAGAUUUUUAAACUAAUCAAAGAAGCAGUUCGCAUCCAUCAUGGAGGUACUGGGCAACGAGGCUCUUGGGAAAAUAAUCAAACUUGUCGAUGACACCAAAUGUCUGUUGGAUCUGGAGUGCAAAACAUUUUCAGGCAAGAGUGCAAAGCGGCCCGGCAGCAUCUUGAAUAUUCGGUCUGUUGGAGAGCUUGAAGAGGAACAUUCUUAUGAUGGAAGUGUGAGAAGCCUGGAAACAAGAACAAGAAAUGAGUCUGAUGAGGUGUCAGACUGUGCAGAAUCCCCACUGGUGCUGGCUGUGUCGAUCAGAGAUGAACUUGGAAAUGUGAGCUUGAAUUCCAUCACUGCUGGUCACUUGAACGCAUCUUUAGAAGACAGAGAAGCAUCUGUUUUGCCAGAUGACAGCAGCGAAGAUCCUCAAGAAUCGGUUACACUCUGUAGAAAGAGAUUCUUUAUUUGUUCAGAGUGCGGCAAGAGUUUCUCUUCUCAGAGCAACCUCAAAUCACAUCAGCGUAUUCACACUGGAGAAAAGCCCUUCGGCUGUGUUCUUUGCGGCAAGGCUUUCGCCCGCAAACAAAGUUUGUCUGACCACCAAGUAGUCCACUCAGGAGAAAAGCCAUUUGUUUGUAAAGUCUGCAGCAAGUGCUUGGGGAAAGCCGCACACCUCAAAACCCACGAAAUAAUCCACACUGGCGAAAAGCCGUUCGGCUGCAGCGUUUGUUGGAAAAGAUUCAACAUUGCUCAAAAUCUUGCCAGGCACCAGCUCACGCACACAGGCGAAAGGGAGUUUCGAUGUUCAAUCUGCCAGAAAAGUUUCACAUGGGCCAUGACGCUAAAGACGUAUCAACUUAUCCACACCGGUCAGAAACCGUACUCUUGCGUGUCUUGCGGGAAGAUGUUUCGGCACGCCGUCAAUCUUAAAAACCACGAGGGCAUCCACACCGACCAGCGGCCAUUUAGUUGUAACCUGUGUGGCAAGACCUUCCGGCAGGCUGUGAAUCUGAAAAUCCACAAGCGGAUCCACACGGGUGAAAAACCUUUCACCUGCAAGGAGUGUGGGAAGAGCUUUAGUCAGCAGAGUAGCCUCAUUUCACACGGCCGCACUCACUCUGGAGAAAAACCCUUCGGCUGCAAUUACUGCGAUAAGUGGUUUAACAAUACGAACAGUCUAAAGCUGCACCAGAGGGUCCAUACUGGUGAGAGGCCGUACAAUUGUGAGGAUUGUGGCAAGUGCUUCAGUCAAGGUAGUCACCUGCGUACACACAAACGCCACGUUCAUGGAGGAGGGAAGCAGUACAUCUGCGAUAAAUGCGGAAAGAGAUCCACAGAUCCUUGGAAUCUUAAAGUCCACAAAUGCUAUUAUGCAUAAACAUGGUGUUAUUCACAUUCGUCACUAUAUGCCCGGGACACACCAAGCCAAGACUCGUCGGCGCGAGUGAGAGCUCUGACUGGAUGUUCAGUUCAGUUUAUCAAACGAGUCAGUGCAGAGAAUUAAAGCAUAAGUGAUGAAAACAAGCAUGUGAAUGAAGGCGGUAUACAGACAGAAGGCUGUUUAAAUGUUACGUGAUCUUUCCCAAUCAUUCUAAUACGCGAAUGUUUUCAUAACAACGUCGCCGCUAGUUCUUUGAAGUCGGCUUGGUGUGUCCCGGCCUAUAGAGAUACUUUGAGCCCAUUUUUUCUGUGAUAGAUAAAUUAUUGGAGAAUAUUAUCUGAAUAUGAAUGCAAUAAUGUUGGGGACAUCAGGACAUCUAAGAUGUAGAUGUUUUUUUUCUUCAUCAGAACAGAUGAAGAGAAAUGACAAAACACACUCAUGAAUCCUCUGCAGUGAAUGGGUGCCGUCAGAAUCACAACAACCCACAAGUAAUCCACACAAAUCUAGUCCAUCAAUUAACAGUUUGUGAAGUAACAAGCUCAUCUACAUGACUUAGGGUGAGUACAUUUAUUUUUGAAAAUUUACGGGUAAUGGCGAUUUCAAGUGGUCCCAAAUGAUGAAUCUCAACUGCUGUGAUAGUGAUCUUUUUCUUCACAAAAUAUCAUAGAUUACAUAUCAUUUUAGGAUUGUUUAGUAAAAGUUAUUAGUAAACAGUGAUGGUGAUUUAUUUUGAAUGAUGACGUUAUGUUUUGCACCUUUCUUUAUUAUUAGUGUGGAUUCUACUAGGAAGAGAUCAUUGUACGACUUUAAAUAUGUUUAAUAUAACACAAGAUAGUUAUAAGAAAACAAAAUUGCCAGAGAGAGUUGGUUUGAUAUUUAAAAUAUUGAUUGGCAUUGAUAUGCUCAUAUAUUUUAUUAUUGCCCUGGUUUCUGUCAAAACAUUUCUAUUUGAUUCAUGAAAAUGUUGCCAAAUACAGGUUUCAAUAAAGCAUUGUUCUUGUUGUGUGAGAA